GCAAAGAGAGAUGGAAGACACUGCGUGGAGACCAGUGGAGGGAUUGGCAGAGAGGGAUGGAGGACACUGAGUGGAGGCCAGUGGAGGGAUUGGCAGAGAGGGAUGGAGGACACUGAGUGGAGGCCAGUGAAGGGAUUGGCAGAGAGGGGUGGAGGACACUGAGUGGAGGCCAGUGGAGGGAUUGGCAGAGAGGGGUGGAGGACACUGAGUGGAGGCCAGUGAAGGGAUUGGCAGAGAGGGGUGGAGGACACUGAGUGGAGGCCAGUGGAGGGAUUGGCAGAGAGGGGUGGAGGACACUGAGUGGAGGCCAGUGGAGGGAUUGGCAGGGAGGGGUGGCAGAUAUGGAAUGAUUAACUGAAGAGGGUUUAGCCUGCGAUGAGGUAGGCCAAUGAAGAGGGA